AUGGCUACCAAGUCCAAAGUCUUUCAAGAUGAUAACAAGUCCGCUUCUUGCACACCUCCCUUGUAUGAUGCUGCAUUAUCAGCGGAUUCCAUCCAAUGCAGACAACCAUCUGUAUUUUCCUUCAUACGCAGCAAGCAGAAUCGGGUUGUUCUAUCUCGCAUCCGUGAUAUUCUCUCCGGGUCUGAUUUCACCAUUGCCACUGUCGCCCCAAGUAUCAAUGCUUGCACUGUUGCUCUCUCAGCCGCAGAGUUCCCUGACCCUCUGCAAACACCCAAUAUCGAGUCUGUUUGCUUUUCCGACAUGCGUCUCGCGUGCAUGACAAUUAGCGACCAGGCAUUGUUUGCACAGUUGAAUUUGGGUAUCAUUGAUCCCAAUGCUGAGUCUUUGAGACGCUUUUUGGGUUGUCCGCCAGAUGAGGUUCAGGUUCAUGAAGGGGAUGGAGUGGACAAGAACAAGUUCGUUGCUUGUCUCCGUUUCGGGAUGUUCCAAAAACGUCUGCACAUUACACAGGAAUUAGGCGUAGAAUUUACCGUGAGGGCUGUACUUUGGUUCGAGGCCCACAGAGGGAAAGCUGGAUAUGCAACCCCACCUCAAGACCUGCGAAUGUGGUUUGAUAGCAAGUUGUUCCUUGUGCCCAAGGAGUAG